AUGCACACAUUUUCCACAUUACCUGUCGAACUAGUUUAUCGAAUUAUGGAUCACCAAAAUGGCCGGACGCUAUUUUGUUCAAUGCAAAAUAUCUGUCGACGGCUCAAUCAGAUCCUGAGUACUUACCAGCGAUAUCAAACACUCACUACACUUAACCUCGAAGGGAACCAAAUCGGUGCUCAAGGAGCACAACACAUUGCGGAUGCGUUGCGAACGAAUACGACACUCACUACACUUAACCUCCAAGGGAACGGAAUUGGUGCUCAAGGAGCACAACACAUUGCGGAUGCGUUGCGAACGAAUACGACACUCACUACACUUAACGUCGAUAGGAACCAAAUCGGUGAUGGUGGAGCACAACACAUUGCGGAUGCGUUGCGAACGAAUACGACACUCACCACGCUUGAUCUCCAUUGGAACCGAAUCGGUGCUCAAGGAGCACAACACAUUGCGGAUGGGUUGCGAACGAAUGCGACACUCACUACACUUAACCUCGAAGGGAACGGAAUCAGUGCUCAAGGAGCACAACACAUUGCGGAUGCGUUGCGAACGAAUACGACACUCACCACGCUUGAUCUCCAUUGGAACCGAAUCGGUGAUGGUGGAGCACAACACAUUGCGGAUGGGUUGCGAACGAAUGCGACACUCACUACACUUAACGUCGAUAGGAACCAAAUCGGUGAUGGUGGAGCACAACACAUUGCGGAUGCGUUGCGAACGAAUACGACACUCACCACGCUUGAUCUCCAUUGGAACCGAAUCGGUGCUCAAGGAGCACAACACAUUGCGGAUGCGUUGCGAACGAAUACGACACUCACUACACUUCACCUCUGGUGCAACGAAAUCGGUGCUGAAGGAGCACAACACAUUGCGGAUGCGUUGCGAACGAAUACGACACUCACUACACUUAACGUCGAUGGGAACCAAAUCGGUGAUGGUGGAGCACAACACAUUGCGGAUGCGUUGCGAACGAAUACGACACUCACUACACUUAGCCUCGAAAAGAACGGAAUUGGUGAUGGUGGAGCACAACACAUUGCGGAUGCGUUGCGAACGAAUACGACACUCACUACACUUAGCCUCGAAGAGAACGGAAUCGGUGAUGGUGGAGCACAACACAUUGCGGAUGCGUUGCGAACGAAUACGACACUCACGACACUUACUCUCGGGGUGAACCAAAUCGGUGAUGAAAUAGCUGAAAAUAUUGCUGAUGCAUUGGGAAGGAAUAGAAGCGCCUAG